ACUUGUAUCGGCACGCGCCCUCAGGCAAAUACAAGUUUAAUUAGCCGGCCGCAAAAUAACAGUUAAACGGCAGAUGCUUCCUAAUUCAAAUUCACUUGAACAGAUCACGAGUCACUAAUUAAUUAAGCCUUCGUUCCACAGUGGUCUGUGCGGUUGUAGCCAUGUGUUUCAUUUUGUUUAUUUUUCAUCGGUGUUUUAGUAUCACUUCGUCUCCCAUGCAUUUCCUUUGAAUCAAUGUCAAUUUGCCAAUUCAAUGUACAUCGUUCAAGGGUAAUACGGCGCAAUACGGCGACAUCUUGGUUACUUGUGUUUCCAGCUAUCCUUGAGCAAUAGUCAAGAAGACUGGACGAAAAAAUACAUUUGCUCUCAGUCAAACUAAGGGAAAACGCCAGCCUUGAAAGAAGGUCAAAGCAUAUCUUCGAUACCUUACAAAGUAUGGACCAGUAUGAGUUGUCAGUUUCGUCACAAGUAGUCAAAGUGUGCGUCAAAGUAACCUUCUUCUUGUUUAGAGAAAUGCCUAUUUUCCAUGAUUUCUCCAUAGACCUUCAAUAAAUUGAAAUUAGCGGGGUAGAGAUCGGAUAGCUUUCUGAGGCUAAUAAGUUUUACGACUGGCUUACCAACAUGAAAAAAAACAAAACAAAACAAAAAAAACACCAGAAACACCUUGAGGCGAUUUUACUCGAUCUGUGCGGUUUGUCUCGAAAUGUUUUCGUGCGCAAGACAAAUUAGUGUAACACCCGCUGAAAUGGAAAAAUGUCGCGCAUUGUUUUUGUUAAAGCAUUUCAUGGCGUAGAGUAUACUCUAUUCUACUUCGUACAAUGCUUGCUGCAAAGAAAAUGCUGCACUGUGUUCAUGUGAGGCCGGAAGUUACGCCAGCCAUUAAUGUCGCGUGCAAUUUGUUUCGCAACAAAAUUACAAGGCAAUCAGUGCUACAAGAUAGCAUAGUGUUACUGCGUCUUAACUUCUUCACUGAGUUACAGAGCCAGCUUUUAUUAUACGAUUACCAUCUUCCAGACGUUCAGUUAGUUGGGACGCAGCGCGAAAAACGGCGAGCGAAAAAAUAGGGAAGAAGCGCGGCCGUUUUUCGCGCUGCGCAUCAGCCAACUGAACGCCUGGAUGAGGCUAUUAUAUCUGUACAGAUCGUCAUUGCAGCCCAGCGUAAACUUUACAUCCUAGUAUAAAUAUUUGGGCAGGAAAUAGCUAAGGAGGGUAAACUUAAUCUGGUUUCCUCAGUUACUCUUCAAGCACGCCACAAUACACAAGUAUUUAUUGUUGAUCAUCUUCAAUGAGUAAGAUCUUCGCUUGAUAGAUUAUCGAUUACUAACUUUGCGUUUUAAUCAGUGCAAGUCAGGUUUCGUUUCUGAAAUUUUCGUUUUGCGUUGACUUUAUUUCAAAGGUUGGAAUUAGAGCUGAGUUAGUCGACACAUAAACAAAAAUAGUGGCGCUAAAAGUACAUGAGGUGAUUCUAAUAACGAAUGUGUUCUUAUUAAGGGCGACAUUUUACUUUAGCUCAUUCGUGGAAGACUUCAGGAUGCUAAACUUACUAGAGACGUUUUCUAAUGUAUCUCGGGGUUUUCUGGAGUCGACGUGGCUCACGCUCUUUAUCCAAUCACAAAGCAAUUCAUCAAUCACAUGCAAAACUCACAACCAAUCAGGGUUUGAGUCAGGUGUGAUUUCCCGCGCUUGCUUGACGGUAACAUGUCUCAAAAGGCAUCUGAUUGGUUGAUACUUAAUGCUAUUCGCGGUCUUUUUUAUGGUUUACUAUAGAAAACGGACCGCGUUGUUAUAUGAUUAAACAAAUCCUAUUACAUCUUUGGAGGUGAAACAUAAAAUUGAUCGCUUUUCUAAAGUUACAUUUGAAUUUGCUCCAAGCCGAUAGCAGACAGAAGUUCUCAGGUAAGAUCGGUAAAAGACUUCCCUGCUACACUCAAUCCGGGUUGUGUUUUGAUUUUGAGAUUAAGAUAAAAAUGAAGUACUCCUCCUGAGGUAGAUAGACUUGCUCUUCUCAUGGCAAAUCUUUAAUUAUAAGCGAAACGCAUUCCGGCUUUGCCAGGACAUGCCAACAGCAGUUAUUUAUAUCAGUGUAAGCUUAACUCAAACUGUGCUGUAUUUAUCUGUUUUAAAUAUUAACAAAGACUUUUCACGAUUUUGCAGUUUAUUAAGGUCGCUACAGAGGCAUAAGAUAAGCUAAGAUAAAUUACAUGUUGACUGGUCGAGCCAGACGGCAAAAUGUUUGACUCUCGGUCACUAUCAGUUAUCACAUGCACUUGGCUAAAUAAAGAUAUCCUUGAACGGACCUUGAUCUCAGUCUAUAAGUACCUUUUAUAGUAUGUUGUGGUAAUACUCGUAUAUUUAUCUACUCGGAGUAGAAAUAUUUUAAAACUUCCUUUCUUAACCGGUUUUAAUUUUGACAGUUGCACUGUAAACUUGCCUGGGUUUCCGUCAUGGCAUUUGAGAUGGUUUAUUUGUCGGCAUUUCAUGUGUGAUUGACCCUGUCUGUCACCUGCUCAAGUCGUCAUUUUCAACGGAAAUAUCGCUCUUGGGGACAAUACCGUUUGUCAUUUUGUGGUUGUGUUUUGAUCAAAUCUUGUCAGCGGAAAUUCUGAAAUGAGCAAAGAGGAAUUUUGUGACAAAUUAAUAUGAAAGCUCUCAUUUUUAUUGGGAAAUCUCACGGCUAUACGCAAAACUCUUACAUGCUUGGAAACAUUUAUAGCUUUUGUUUUACUUCAUAGCUACUGAACCACUCAUUGAUGCCUUAAUUCACAGUUAAACUAAAUCAAGAUGGUUUUCGGCGAUUUUAUAUGAAUGGUAUUUCAUUACCCGUAUCAUUACUGAUAAUAAAACAUAACUAAUGUGCUGCGUUAAUUGAAAAAAGUUCUCCGGAUCUUAGUCUGUUUAUAACAUACUUUAUACGACGGAAGUGUCAUUCAUUCAAGUUAGUCAAGCUAGCCAUCCGUUGGUUUUCCAACUAUUUUCGAAACAUAUUUGGUGGAUGUUUUUUAAAUUAAUUUAUCGCUAUAUCGUUUUCGAAUUACAUCUAAUAGUUUUACCACUUUGGCUACAAAAUGCUUGUUUCAGCGAUUUAACUAAUGUCUCACUCCAGCGAAAAGUUGCUUUGUUUUUCUAAUUAACGCCUGAGUGAUUCGUUUCAAAUGUUUAAUUUUUUUCCAGUGAGUAUUACAGCCGUUUUGAAUUGAGUAGAAAACUAUGUCGGCAAAAGUCUGCUCUGAAUUUCUUUUAAGUGGAAUAAUAUAUUAUGUUCACAUUUCACCACUGCUUUAUCGUAUCUCGCAGACGUCAAUGUAAUACGAUUCAAUUCUAAAAAAAGUUGUGUCACGAGUGUUAAUAAAGGUGCUAACAUUAGAAUUCUUGUUCACUGCUUUCUACCUUAAGGUUCCCUGUUUUUUUGCAGUUAUGAACGCAGAACGAGACCAUGGUGGCCCCACACAUCCACAGAGAAGAGCCAACUUGAUCUCCUUUCUUCUCUUUUGGUGGACAAACGACUUGUUUAAGACUGGAAACCAGCGCCCCUUGCAACAAUCCGACUUCUGGCCUUUGCACGAGGAAGACAAAACGUCACUACUGACGAACAAGCUGCAGUGGCAGUGGAGUAAAGAUCUGGAUGAAUGCAGCCGUACAGGGAAAGAACCAAGACUAUGGAAAAGUGCAAUGAAAGUUCUGUCCUGCAAAGACCUGUGUAUAAUUUCUUUUGCCGGACUGUUGGACUCAGUGGGUCGAUUUCUUCGGCCCUUUUUCCUGGGAGUGUUCAUUUCCACACUUAUGUCCGACACGCCAGGGCGAGGCUUGCUCUGUGGCUAUGCUGCAUUGAUGCUGUUGAUUGUGUUGAUGAAGAGUAUUGCUGUACAUCACAGCAGCUUUAAACUGUACGUGAUUGGGAUGCGAAUGAAGGCCUCCCUUAAAGGUGUCAUCUUCAGAAAGAUCCUGCUCCUUGGUCAACACACGCUCAAUGAGUUUACAAAGGGUCACGUGAUUGAUCUAGUAUCCAACGAUGUUCAAAGAAUGGAACAAGCUGCCAGGCAGUUCUUUCGCCUCCUUGUCGCCAUCUUUGAUGUCUGUGUAGCUGUUCCGUUGUUAUGGUUCUUCAUUGGCUGGCAGCCGCUCAUUGGAAUCAUCUUUUUGUUUCUUCUCGUCCCAUUUGGUGGCUUUCUGUCGUACCUGUCUGGAAAGCUUCGACUGAAGACCGCUGUCAUAUCCGACCGGCGAAUAAAUCUCAUGACCGAGAUAGUGGCUGGAAUACGUGAAGUGAAGACGCAUGCGUGGGAGUGGUUCUUUAGAGAUAAGAUCAAGGAGACUAGAAGUGAUGAGAUGAGAGUAAUUCGUCGUAGGAGCAUACUUUUGUCAUGUGCAAUAUCUCUGAUGUAUUCUUCAGGACUUGUUGCCACUUUUAUUUCUAUUUUGACGCUUGCCUUCAGUGGAUAUCAUUUAACGCCGUUCGUAGUUUUUACACUGCUGUCAAUUACCAAUGUCCUUCGAAACAGUGCGCUGAGAUCUAUAGGAGAAGGAUCACAGUUUGUAUACGAGGCAUACGUCUCAUUUGAUAGAAUACAGGAAUUCUUGUUGUUGCCAAACCUUCAUGGUAUAACUGAUGCGAAACUCUUUACCAAUGUUGAUGGCAAGUCAGUGGUUAAGAGGAAAGGAUUUCAAAAUGGCAAGGUAAAUAUCAAGUGUCACUUCACGUAUCUACACGAGUCCUUGUGGAAAAGCGCCAUCGUAACCAAGUUUGUAGAUAUUCCACAUAACAAAAACCAACAUCCCCCUGUUGGAAUGACGACGUCGAAUCUGGUUCCAAGCCAAACGGACAAACUGCGAGUUAUAGAGAAAGGGCAAUUGCAGGAAAAAAGAAAAAUAAGUAUCAAGUUAACCAAUGUGACUUGCAAAGUGGAUACUGAAAACAUAUCCCUAGUGAAAUCAUUCAGCUUUGAAGCGAAAGAUGAAAACUUUGUUGUCAUAACUGGUCCAGUUGGAAGUGGAAAAUCAACCUUACUGUCAGUUAUGGCUGGUGAGAUGCCAGUUACUGAAGGAAAUCUGCAGUGCAGUGGUACCGUCGCCUACGUGCCACAGAUGCCUUGGGUUUUCUCUGGAACAGUGAGGGAGAACAUUCUUUUCGGUCGGCCAUUUGAUUUUGACAAGUACAUCCAAACCAUCAGAGCUUGCGCUUUAGAAGAAGACAUUGAAGGAUUUCCUGAGAAGGACCAGGUUAUUGUUGGAGAACGAGGCGACACGCUGAGCGGUGGUCAGCAGGUUCGCAUCAGUUUGGCACGCGCAGUGUAUGCCGACUGUGACAUUUACCUGUUGGACAAUCCACUCGUCGCACUCGACAUGAAUGUCAGCAAUCACAUCUUUAAACAUUGCAUACUUGGCUUAUUGUCAAACAAAGUUCGUUUGAUGGUUUCUCACCAAGAGUCACACAUGAAACUUGCAGAUCAAGUGAUUGUCUUGCACAGCGGCUUAGUAAUCGAUAAAGGGACAUUUAUGGAACUAAAUGAAAGGGAAGCACUAAAAGAAAUACUAGAACCCCUAAACAGCGUAGCUCAGGAAUCAAAAGUGUUCCAUGAACAAAUGCCAAGUACUAAAGUGCAUUGCUCUGAUGACAAGACGAUCAAAAGUAUGGAGAUUCCAGACGAGAAUCGUAAGAUCGGAGCAGUGUCCUACAAGCUGUAUUGGGAUUACCUAACUGCAGGAGUGCAUCCCAUAGCUUUGGUUGGCUUGCUUCUCGUCUUCCUUCUCUCUCAAGGAGUUAUGGUUUCACCCGACCUGUGGCUGUCUGUUCUGACGACACUCCCUCGUGAAGACCAAACGGACAAGACCAAUCUUGUUAUCUAUGCCAGUUGUGUCGCGACGGCUGUUCUUCUUACAACGUUACGCGCCUAUGCGUUCUUCCUGGUGGUUCUGAAAUCUUCAGAAAACCUUCACAACGACAUGGUGACAGCCAUCCUAAAAGCACCGGUUCUGUUUUUUGAUUCAAAUCCAAUUGGAAGAAUCCUCAAUCGACUUUCUAAAGACAUUGGCUGUAUGGAUGAGGUUUUGCCCAAGACGUUCCUCUUUGCAGUCCAAAUAGUGUUGUUCGUGUUAACUGCAGCACUUGUUCCCCUGGUUGCCAAUGCAUGGCUCGCAGCAGUUGUUGUACCGAUUAUCUUAUUGUAUGUUUACAUUGCAAGGUAUUUUAUGAGGACAUCAAGAGAACUUAAAAGACUAGAGUGCGUGUGCCGCAGCCCUGUGUUGACACAGAUUUCAGAAACCCUGGACGGAUUGGACACCAUUCGAUCCCGUGGAAGACAGCAGGAGUUUGCGGACCUCUUGUACAGUUACCAAGAUACUCAUAACCGUGCAUAUUACAUGGUAUUGGCUGGAAGUCGAUGGCUAGGGAUAAGAUUAGAUCUCCUCUCUGCUCUGUUAAUAGGCGCUGUAGCUUUGCUCGCUGCAUUGUAUUCCCACAACAAUGCUCUGGUUGGCCUCGCAUUCGUCUACGUCUUCGAAACUUCUCACUUCACCCAGGUGUCUGUUCAACAGUCCUCAGAAGUCGAGAAUUUGAUGACGUCAGUAGAGCGAGUGAUGGCAAUUACUGAAGUUGAAUCUGAGCCGGGAUACCAAACAGAAACACAACGACCUGAACAUUGGCCAACUAACGGAGAAAUAAACUUUACCAAGGUAUCGCUGAGAUAUUAUCCACAAGGACCAAGAGUACUGGAGGAUCUGAAUUUAAAUAUUGAUGGACAGUCUAAGAUUGGAAUUGUGGGUAGAACCGGAGCUGGAAAAUCAAGCAUCACAGCCGCUGUUCUGCGCAUGCCCCAAGUUGAAGGGCAAAUCACAAUAGACGGAGUAGACCUAAACAAUUUGAACGUUCAGGAAUCUCGGAAAUGCAUCUCUGUCCUUAACCAGAGCCCUGUUGUGUUCAGUGGGUCCCUGAGAAUGAAUCUUGAUCCACUGGGAAAACACAGUGAUGCUGAAUUAUGGGAUGCACUAGAAGCCGUGCAACUAAAGCCAUUGGUGGAAACCUUGCAAGGGAAGCUAGAUUACACGUUGAAAUAUAGAGGAAUGAAUCUAAGUGCAGGAGAAAAACAGUUGAUUUGUCUCGCUCGUGUUCUCUUGCGGGAGAGUGAAAUAGUCAUUUUGGAUGAGCCGACUGCUCAUGUAGAUCCCAAAACUGAACAAAUCAUACACGAAACAAUCCGAGAAAAACUGAAAAACUCAACAGUCAUUACAAUCGCGCAUCGACUUAAAACCAUAGAAGACUGUGAUAAGAUUGUGGAACUGAAAGACGGACAGAGAGUAGUUGAUGAUGAAACAAGAUGAAACGUACUCUAAGAAAGUCGAAGUAAAAGGAUAUGUUGCAUAAGGAUAUGUUUUGCACGAAAACGUUUACACUGACAAAAUUAUUUUAUUUGCUCUACAUAGAGCUAUUUAUAUAGUUAACCUGAUUGGUUGUAACUUACGUGCGAAAAACAGCCAAUCAAAGACAAUUCAGGCCUCUGAGUCUUACCACGUAGCAUAAUUCAUUCUACCAGUUCGAUGUAAGAGAUUUCUACAUCUAAUAUGGCAUUUAUAACAAAUUAUUUCAGGUAAAUCUGUCUGUAGUCUUGUGUCUUAGGGAAUUCAACGACUGGG